GUGUGCUUCCGCACUGAGCGCUACGUCAGCACUGACACGGAAACAUGGCGGUGCCCGGAGGAGCAAGACGGCGGCGGCAGCGGCAGCGGCGGGCUUCGACCUCGGCGGCGGGGAGCUUGUUCGUCGCUCUUGUCGCGGCGCUGCUGUGCCACGGCGGCGUCGUUCAAGUGACCGCCGACGACGACGUGGCGGACCCCGUCGCGAAGACGCCGGACGCGGCGGACACGGCGGACGCGGCUCCCCACCGCCGCUUCGAGUACAAGUACAGCUUUAAGGGGCCACAUCUGGUCCAGGCGGACGGCACUAUCCCCUUCUGGAUACACAGCGGCAAUGCCAUCCCCAGUGCGGACCAGGUACGAAUCGCGCCAUCCCUCAAGAGUCAGCGUGGGUCCGUGUGGUCCAAAAACAAGGUGUCCUUCGAACACUGGGAGGCCGAGGUGACGUUUCGGGUGUCGGGAAGAGGCCGAAUGGGAGCGGACGGCUUGGCCAUCUGGUUCACCUCUGCUCAAGGUCGCCAGGGACCUGUGUACGGCGCCUCCGACAAGUGGAACGGAGUCGGGAUUUUCUUCGACUCCUUCGACAACGACGGAAAGAAAAAUAACCCAGUUAUCAUCGUCGUGGGAAACAAUGGCAAACUUGUUUAUAACCACAAACAUGACGGCAGCACACAAGCCUUGGGCACAUGUUUGCGGGACUUCCGUAACAAACCAUAUCCCGUCAGGGCCAAAGUGACGUAUUACAAAAAGACACUAACGGUGAUGAUCAACAACGGUUUCACUCCCGACAAAGAUGACUUUGAAUUCUGCACGAAAGUGGACAACAUGAUCAUUCCCGACGAGGGCUUCUUUGGCGUCUCGGCUGCGACUGGCGGAUUAGCAGAUGACCAUGAUGUCUUAUCCUUCUUGUUAUUCCAACUCACGGAACCGGGCCACACGCCGCCCCAACCUGAGGCAGAGAUUCCUGAAGAAGACAAGGACAAGUACCAGGAGGAAUUUCACAACUUCCAGCAAGAGCUUGACAAAAAGAGAGAGGAGUUCCAGAAAGAGCACCCUGACGUCCAAGGAGAGCCAAUUGACGAGUUGUACGAGAGUGUGAACGAUCGAGAGAUCCGUCAGGUGUUCGAGGGUCAGAACCGCAUCCACCUGGAGAUCAAGCAGCUCAACCGGCAGCUGGCCAUGAUUCUGGACGAACAGCGCCGCUAUGUGACCGUCGUCACUGAUGAGAUCUCCAAGAGGGGAUCCAAUAUUGGCUCGGGGCAGCUGGACGUGGCGAACCAACAGCUGGGCACUAUCGUAUCCUCCCAACAAGAUCUGCUCAGGAACCUCAACGAGUUUAGGAACGCCUUUUACGAAACUCUGAAGCAGAUAAGCGCGUCCCAGCAGCAUCAUCAGCAGGGCGGCGGUGUGGCCACGUAUGAGAGCGUUCAGCAUUUCAACGACAUCAAGGAGCACCUGCACUCAGUCAGACGCGACUUGGAGCACCUGGUACAGCGUGGCGCUCAGAACCCUGGUGAGAAGGUCCAAAAGUGCCCCGAGGUUCCACCCAUGCCCUCGUGCUUGUCCACUGUCCAUUUUGUCAUAUUCAUCGUGGUCCAGUCAGUUCUGUUCUUGUGUUACAUCAUGUACAAAAGCCAACAGGAAGCAGCAGCCAAGAAGUUUUUUUGAUGCCAAAAAAACAUUUUAAUCCAAAUGAGUUUGUAAAUGAGGGAAUGUUUAUUUUGGGUGAUUUUUUUUUUUUUUUUUAUAUUUUUUUCUCCCCCCUCCUCAAAUUUUCUAAGUUAUUGUAUCUGGAAGGAAAAUAUGAUUUAUGUGGAAGAAUUUAGUUUUAAUGAAUUGCUUCCAGAGUCUUAAUUUGGUGCUGUUUGCAACAUGUGACACGCAAAACUUAAUCCUGGCAGUAUUUUUGUCAAAUCACAUCUUUUUGAAUUUUUGUUUAAAAAAGGAAAAAGGAAAAACUCUGCCUUAGUGGUUUCCGGGCACGUUGCUGAUAACAAACCUGUCUUUUUUUUUUUUUUUUUUUUUAAUGUACAAUUUUGUAUGAAUAAAGCUGGAAACUUGGUGGAAUCUGA